UGUUUUACUUGUCUCAGCACCACAGACAUCCAGCUUAACUAAUCAUGUCUCACCAACACCUGUCACAACAAAUGAGACUUUGAGAGAAACAGCACACGAGUCCACCAUCAAAGCUUUUCAAACAGCUAAAGUAUUUCUGUCAAAGCCCUCUCAAUCCCCAAGAAUCAAUAUUCCAUUGAGAGAUAUAGCUAAAGUCAGCAUGACCACCCAUACCGACACCAACACCAACACCAACACCAAGGCAGGAUUUGGCAUUCCACCUCCUCAGUCCAAUUUCAACACUAUUUUGAUCACACCCAAGGGAAAUCAAUACAACUGGGACGGGGCGAGGGAAAUCAGUGGCACCAUGCCAACAGAGGUGCCCCCGAAACAGGGGCCAUGUCUUGCAGAGGUGGCUGGCAACAAUAUGGCUGAGGGGAGCAGACUGUACCAUCGAAGCCAGCCUAUGGAGGAGAGCCUGGCUGGGGUGGGGGAGGGUCAGGACACGGUAGCCAGUUGCGGACUGGAGCAGGCUGGACUGUCACUCAGGGACAGAAAUAGAAAAGCGUCUGCAAGCUGCAUCUCGACACUCACAGCCAGUGCACGCAGGUCAGGAAUCCCGCCACACUGUUAUUCUGAGUGUAUCCUCGCAACCGCGCAGCAACACCAGCCGCACAGUCCUCCUGAAUUGCGGAGGUGGCAAAAGCAGAGCGGGCAAGUCGCCUGGAGGUCUAGAGCGCUCCCACAGAAACUCGCCGGCAGCUCUAGGAAAGACUUCAGCGCCACACAGCAGAGCAGUGGACAGAGCAACAUGGGCACGAAGGGCAGCGAGACUGACAGUGAGGUCAAGACUCUCAGUAACCUGCCAGCGAAGACAUUCUCCAGUCCCGACGCAAACUACUUGGAUGUUUACAACCUCACGUGCAGGUCUGCCUCUCAGCCUUACAUAGAGAGCACUUUCAAUGGCUGGACAGUGGACCAGCUUUCCUUCAAUCACAACACAUCUGCGUGCUCCGAGACCAGCAGUGUCGAGUGUAUUGAUGUGGCUCUGGAAACCCACGAAGAGGUGCAGCGAGGCAGCAUGAAGACAGUCCCCAAGAGACAGAUUCAGCUGAAGAGGAAGGACGCGGCGAACGAGUCGAACGCCAACGAAAACCAAGACGACGAGCCCCGGGAGGCCCCUCCGACGCCCAGCCGUCCACGGGACAUCUUCAAGCGUCAGCACAGCACGCCGGCAGCCUUUCACCAGGAGUCACAUGGGCCUGAGCAGAGGUCAGUUCAGGCUGAACGCAAACAGAGGUUGCAGAAGUCGCUGUCGCUGGACGAGACUUCCAGUCGAACCAAAAUGGCCUCCUGUCUGAUAAAGAAUGUCUUGUCGAAGAAGAUGCAACAUGAGCAGGGCGUUCGUAACACCGAGGUGCAGGAGAGUGCUUUUGCCACUGUCAAGGUGCAAACCAUGAACGACCAUGAUAAUUAUCAGCUGCCAUCUACCAAAGAAAUCUCCACCGAACCCAUCACAAAAAUGAGCCCAAGAUCAAGUGCACCCUCACAGCAAAUGGUGGCCUCACACAGCCCUCCACUGAAGGCUCCGACCGGCUCAGUCAAAGAAUACAUCAGUGUCAACGCCAAAACCCAACAGAAACCUGUCACCAAGCACAGAUUCAACUCCUUUCACUACGGACCCGGACGGGCCGAGUUUCAGGACGACAGCCCAGAAAUAACCACUGUUACGGACAGUCAGAAAGCAGAGAAGGCGAGUCCCAGAGACGAGGCUGCGCGGCUGGCUUGCUGGAGCCCGGGGGAGAAGCUAUCCUGUGACUCAGCAAAGGGCAGAGCCUGGAACACGAGUGCAGCGCUAAGCAGGGCCACAGGCUCCCAGGCCUGCCUGAAAGCCACACCCGAGGAAUGCUGCGCGGGGAAGGGGAACCAUAAACAACAGCCCGUCAAGAGCCAACUGCCAGCACCCAAGGCAUGGGAGAAAGACGUUAGGAAAGACAAACUGUCUGGCAACGUAGAAAUGCCGGCAAGUCCACAGAAAUUGUCUGGCCUUCUCUCAGAUUUGGAGAUAAGUUCAGACGAAAGUAAUCAGACUUUGACUCCUGAGAGCACGACAGGGUCUGGAAAGGAGCAGCUUCUAGAAAGAGGGGACCUGAAGGUACCAGCGCAAUUUGGCAAUGUGAGUACACACGACAAGUUGAAAGGAAUUGCGCCAGUUCAUGUGGUCAGGGAUAUGAGAAGUCUGGUAAAAAAUACAUAUAACCUGUCCUUUCGGGGGCCUGGCGAUGCACUGCAGGGACUUGAAGAAAGCCUCAGUGCUCUAAAAUCAGCCACACCAUUGUGCAAGAGAACAGGUGAUAAAGGCAACAUGUUCGGGUCUGGAGACAAACAGCUGGGGAAGAAAGCCAAGGCAUCACCACCUGUGCAGGCAGAGAAGACGAGGGAUAAAAACUCUCAACACAACAGCCCCCGAGGAGGCCUGAAUAAGCUUGACACGGGAUUUACAAAGGUUAGUCCCAGCAGUCUGUCUGCUGCCAGCAGCUGUCUCGAGUCCAGCGCCAUGGAAGGAAUGAACAACAGCAGUAGCUUGAGCAAACUUGACGCUCAGAGUGACAACUCAAAAUGUAAACACACUGACCAGGCUGAGAGGCCUCUGCAAGCCUUACCGGAACCUUCUGCCGAGCUGCUGACUGAUGGAGAGGUGUCAGACCACAGGCAAGAGCCACUUGAUAGAAGGAAUGGUCUUUCCGAAGAGCACUUACAGCCACAGGCGGUGCAUAUGCAUGGAUUCGCAGCUGCAUCGCAGUGUUAUCCAUCUGUACUACCCCAGCCCCAGGGCACUCCAGCUUGCAUGCUCACCGCAGCCAUCACCCCCCAUGCCCAGGUCUUGCCCACAUACUACUACAAAGCCAAUCCUCUGAGUUACCCAUCGAUGUCCCCGCAUGUGAGCUUUGUGCAGGGUCCCGUGAUACUCCAGACGUCAGCUCAGCCCAUGUCAUCCACCGGGCCCAGUCCUCUAGUGAAGCAUGUCUCAGAGGAUGGCCAACAGCCAGCCAUGAAUUGCUACACAGAUACUCGUCAGAGACAGAAGGGUUCUCCCAUGCAGACAGGAAAUGUAGAUACCCGGGGAGUCAAUGGUGAGCCGAAAAGGCCCUCUCCCGAAGCUCAGCCUUACCUGUGCGGCACCCAGACCCUCGUCCCAGUGCUGAGAUCUGAGGGCCGACGCAGCAGCGCUGGGGCGAUCUACCCCGAGCUGAUGGCGGCGGGUCAAGCGGCUCCUCCUCCUCGCCAUGUCCUGAUGGACCCCGAGACCGGGAGGUGCUUCUACGUGGACGUUCCCCUGCAACCACAGCGCAAGAUGCUGUUCGACCCCGAGACGUGCCAGUUCGUGGAGGUGCUGCUGCCCCAGCAGUCAAUGCCCAGCGCCGUCAUGUCCCCGCUGCCCAGUGCUAUGCCAUUCUCCUUCCCGACCGUGUACACCCCCAACUGUCUGCCCUACUUGCAGUCGCAUGCGCAGGUGCUGCCCCACCCAGGGCCCUGAGGAGGUCACCUGCAUGCCUCUGGAGGACUCUGGGUGUUGAGGCUCCCAUAAGCUGCUUAUAGAGAUUUACCAUGUGCUGUGUGGGAUGGAGUAUAUGUGUAACCAAUAAUGGAAGCGUUUUAUGUCAAAACUGAAGAAUUUUUUAGAUGUGGGCACAUCUUUCAAUUUGAUGUUCUGUCCCACAGCUGUGUUGGAGAGGAUGAUCUCUACUUGAAAACAGGAUAUCCGCUGAACCUAAAGGAAGUGAAUGUACAGUACAUGUAACAGUCUACCUCUGAACAGGAUUGUUACGAAUUGAUACAUAGACACGCACUGAGAGCACACAACAGGGAAAAAGGAGACAUUGAGUAGACAAGAGUUUGACUUCUUACUUGGUUUAAGAAUGUGUCGGUGAAAUGGAUGUUGUUAAGGGUGUGAAAAGGUUUUCAUGCUUCCCAGAGUAGCAUGUUUUCAGUGGCAAUGGUGGAAAUGUUUUCUGUGGUUGUGUAAGUGACAGAUGGUGUGAUGCUCACUUGUGGUCUGUACAGUAGAUGUUCCAAACAAAUAUCUGCACUUCCUUGAACUAACUUUAUAGUAAGAAUUGAGUGACUUAAGAGUUAUUAUAUUUUUGUAUACAGUGUUUAUGUGGGUUGAAAUGUAUUGUUGAAAGUGAGUAAUGU